UUUUCCCAGUAUUAGCCACCAAAAGUCAUGUCGGAGAGCAAGGAAACGGGAACAGAUGCCAAUCCUGGGCAGGAUAAGAAGCUGUCCAACGAAGCUCAUAUGGCAUUAAAGGACUUAUUGCACCAACGACUUUUGGAAUGCGGGUGGCUCAGCAAAGUUCAGAAACUAGUACGACAGACCAUUCAGGAACAUGGAGUCGAAAAUUUGAGUUUAGCUCAUUUGGCAGCAGAGGUUGUACCCGAAGCUAGAGCUUCGAUUCCCGAGGAUAUUCGUAAGGAGAUGAUAAUCCGUGUGCGCGACGCUUUGGAAUCUUCCUUGCCCCCCGAGAAGGAGUAAACUGACCGACUCCGCAUCCACGUGUUCCAAAACAAACACCAUGACAUUGUUCUUGUGGUUUAUUUAAGUAGAUAUUUACAUACUUAGGCUAUAUGUAUAUGAAUUGCGCCGUUAAACAUACAAUAUGCAUGUAAUAAAUAAACAACUUAACGGUAA